AACAGCCCAAGAAGUGGUUCGAUUACUUCGGACAUACGUCGCCGAGUCGAUCGACGAAACGCGAUUCUUCGUUCGAAUUCCGCUCACUCCAGCUCUCGGUUUGCACGCGAUUUCGCCACCGAUCGUCGACGAGAGACGAUCCGAAAGGCCGGGCGCGACGAUGCGGCCUCUGCUCCCUCUGCUCGGCUGAUUUAUUGAUGAUCGCCGCUUCGAUUUUGGAGACAUGUUGAGGGAUGCAUCCGGGAUCGAGCGUAGCGAUCGAUCGAUGAGUUGGUGAGAGGACGGCGGUGGAGUAAAUUGAAGUGAGUGGAUUCUGAAGGAGAUUCGGUCGAGGGAGGGAAAAUGCCGAAGAAGAUGGGGAUCAACAGCAAGGCCGAGGAGGCCAGAGGCCGCAAGGCCGCUGCCGAGGCCGAGAAGAAGGAAAAGGAUCAGAAGGUGAAGGAGGAGAGAUUCUGGAGCGAGGCGGAAGGGCAGAAGAGCAGGGCGGCGAAGAAGAAAGAGGAGGAAGCGGAGCGCAAGGCCGAGGCGGCUGCCAAGCGUGCUGAGGCGAAGAAGCUUGCGGAGCAAGAGGAGGCUGAGAUUGAGAAGUCUUUGAAGCGCGUGGAUAAGAAGGCAAUUCGGGUCGGAGUUCCCGUGCCCAAGGUCACAGCUGCAGAACUUGCCAAGUACAAGGAGCAGGAAGCUAAGGAGUUGCAAGCCACGGCGCAGGCCGCCAAGAAGCGCGAGGCCCGAACGGCGAACGAAGAUGAGUACGAAAAAUUGGUAGAUUUUGAAAAUACCAAUCGUGACGACACGUUGGUCGAUGCCCACGAUUUGGAAUCCGCCCUUGCGCAGAUCGUUAUUGAUCCUACCGCCGAUCGCCAUCCUGAGAGAAGGCUGAAAGCGUCUUACAAGGCUUUCGAGGAAGCCGAGCUUCUAAAGCUGAAACAGGAGAAGCCUGGUAUGACUCAUACUCAAUACAAGGAUAUGAUUUGGAAAAUGUGGAAGAAAUCGCCGGACAACCCUCUGAACCAACCGUCAUCAACCUCCAAAUAAGUGACUGGACUGGUUUUAUUUAUCUUUUGGUGAUUAUGGCUGGAAGGCUCCUUACUCAGGGCAGGUUCUGAGCGUGCUCCCUGAAUGUUAUUCAGACACUCAGACGCUGCUUUGUUUUUUUUCCAAUUACUCGAUUGAGGUACAAACUUAAUGGUUUGCCAUUGUAGCAAUGGGAGCAGAGCAGAGUGGUGGUCGCCAGGGGAAAAUUCAACAUUCUGUAAUGUUAGCUGGUUUGUUCCAGUACGGAUGCACUGUAUUGAGAUGAUUAAUUCGUCAACUAUUAGUUCUAGGACUGUGUACAGCUAUUUAGUGCGUGACAUGUAAAAAUGAGAUGCUGAAAGACUUACAGAGGUCUUUCAACAGCCAUAUUUCUUGUAUACGGGAGACUCCAGGUGGUCGAUGUGCAUGGAACUUGCAGCCCAUGGGAGCUUGAGAGUUAUUGUCGACUCUCUUGGUGUCAUAUUAUUUUGCCAUAGCUCUAUCUCAUUCUUUUAGUUUUAUGGCAUGUUGACGGAGAUUUGCAAGAUUUUAGUGGCACAAGUGCAAUCUUUACGGUCUCCGGAGACCGUAAGUUCCGUUCUCGAGUUUUUGUCUUCGUUGUCCUGCGUUCAUGUUCUAUUUUCGAUUGUUCCCAGUAUGGUUGUUCAACAACGAGGAUUGUCAGGUUGACUCUUGAAAUCCU